GAGGCUGAAACCUGCGUGAACCCAGUCGGUAGUCUUGUUCUGCAGCGUCCUCUCCGUCGGCACCACUAAUAGGCCAGCAUCAAGACUGCUUAGAAAAAUGGAAGGUAAUGGCUCCAUCGACAUGUUCUCAGAAGUCCUAGAGAACCAGUUCCUCCAGGCCGCUAAGCUCGUGGAAAGUCACCUGGACUCAGAAAUUCAGAAGCUGGAUCAGAUCGGUGAAGAUGAGCUCGAACUCCUCAAAGAGAAGAGACUGGCGGCACUCAGAAAGGCCCAGCAGCAGAAACAAGAAUGGCUUUCUAAAGGACAUGGGGAGUACAGAGAAGUUGCCAGCGAGAGAGACUUUUUUCAAGAAGUCAAGGAGAGUGAAAAAGUGGUUUGCCAUUUCUACAGAGACACCACAUUCAGGUGUAAAAUACUAGACAGACAUUUGGCAACACUGGCCAAAAAACAUCUUGAAACCAAGUUUUUGAAGCUGAAUGUGGAAAAGGCGCCAUUCCUCUGUGAGAGACUGCGGAUCAAAGUCAUCCCAACACUGGCUCUCCUGAGGGAUGGCAAGACACAAGAUUAUGUUGUCGGCUUCACUGACCUAGGAAACACAGACGACUUCACCACGGAGACUUUAGAGUGGAGACUUGGUUGUUCUGAUGUUAUCAAUUACAGUGGAAAUUUAAUGGAGCCACCAUUUCAGAGCCAAAAGAAAUUUGGGACAAACUUCACAAAGCUGGAAAAGAAAACUAUCCGAGGAAAGAAAUACGAUUCUGAUUCUGAUGAUGACUAGACUGUGCUGUAUUUGUAAAGCAUCUGUUUGUUUA